AUGUUCAAAGCCCUCAUGGGCGGGGGCCGGUCCGAUACCCGAAGUGUGACCAGCUCCAGUUCGAAAAGCCGCCGCAGAGCCGAUUCCAGCAAAUCAUCACAUAGCCGCAAAUCCUCACGGGGUGACGACCGUGAUCGCGGCUUAGAUGAUUCGCCUUACCCCCCAUCGGCCUCGGGCAGCAGGCGUGGCCCGUCUAGUGUUGCUGGCGACUCUGUCGCAUCAACCUACAUGACCGCCGAGCCAGAACCCAUUGGCAGUCCAGAUGCUAUGAUCAUUGAACGAACACCAAAGCGGAGAGAUAGCGAUCGGGAGAGUAAGAGCUCUCGUCGCCGUGCUCGCGACCGGUCAGAAAGUCGAGAGCGCGAUAAAGGGAAGAGCCGUCGCCGUGUUGGAGAUGAGGUAGAUGAUGUGGAUGAGCGCGACCGUCGUGAGCGCCGGCGCACACAGCCUGGGGAACCUUAUGUUCCGCCAAUCUCUACAUCUAUGCCACCUAGCGUACCGGCUGCGCAAUUUCCAAUCGACAUGGGUGCUCCGGGAUUCUCGCAAUUCCCUGGUCAGUUCAACCAGCCUACCUUUGGCUCGCCCCAUCAUGAUACCUCACCUCAUCAUGGUGCCUCGCCAGCUCUGUAUGACCCGCAUGUUCAGCAGCAAUUCCCGGGCCAGUUCCCAACCACGACAGCAGAACCAUACUAUCCCCCAAACAAUCCCGCCGGCGCUGCGGCAGACUACUACGGUGACCAAGGUCAAUCUGUUGGUGAGCAGCCAGGAGUCCGGCCUCAUAAGCCAGCGGUUAUUCCUAAUAGUCAGGUGCAUCUGAUGACCGCCUCGCCAUCAGCCAAUCCUCCUCCGGAGCCCAGUAGUCUUGGUGAGGUUGGGGCCGCGGCAGCUUAUUUCGACAAUGACUUCCAGGUCCCCGAAGAACUGGUCAACCCCACGUCUUCUAAGCCCCCUAAGCCCGGCAAAAUUAAUUUUAAGCCCACAAAGCCAUCAAAGCCUAGCCAGUCUUCCUCGUCAAGCGCUGUACCUGCAAUUGCAGCUGGAGUAGCUGCGUAUGGACUAAGCAGUGCCAUGUCAUCACAUCACAGUGAAUCUCACGAAACGGCUGUCCAUCAAUCCACCUCGUACUCGCAGCCGGCUAUCCAUCAAUCUAACUCGUAUGCGCAGCCAGCUGCCCCAAUUGCCAGCAUUCCAAGCGCUAGCAAGCCUCCUCAAUCGCAUGGCAUUGGUACUGGCGUUGGCGUCGCAGCUGCAGGCGCUGCCGCAGGAUACAUGCUUGGCCAUCAACAUCAUUCGAGCCCCGAAAAUGCCUCACAAUAUACGUUCCAACACUAUGAGCAACCUCCCUCAGCUGGUCUGCCCCCUCAUGGCUCUGGUCCCCACAAUGCGGUCGUUCCCGGAGGUCCUGAAGGGUACCCUAUGCAAAAUCCUGGCUUUUAUCCCCAUGGAACUGGUGCUCUUGCUAUGCGGCAUCGCCCCAAAGGCCCUAUGUCAAAGUUCGCGGACUUUUGGAGGGACCCCGAAGGUGUCGGCAGAUUUGAAGACUACACUGAGUCCAUUGGUGUUUGCAAGUACUGCUUCGAACCUGGAUCAACCUGUCUUGAUGCUCCUCGCAAGCACCAUUAUAACAGGCGCCGGCACUCUUCUGAUCGCUACAGUAGUGGUAGUGCUUCUCGCGUAAGCAAACUCAGUCGAUACCAAUCCUCGGAAGAUGAAAGCCGUCGACACAAGAAGUCACGCCGGUCAAAUAAGUCUACUUCCUGGCUUCCGGCACUGGGUCUCUUUGCUGGCAAAGAAUUCAAAGACUCCUACAGUGUUCGUCCUGGUCGAGGUGCCGAUGACCGUGUUUCGUCUUAUGAUGCUGAAACCACCUCGCUUUCCGACCGCAGGAGUUAUACAUCUCGAGGCGUGAUUCGUCGACCUGGCUCUCCGAGAGAGCACUACGCCGAAUCGAAGUAUUCUCGUCAAACACGCUCACGAUCACGGUCCUCGUCGCCAUCUCGUCAUUCAUUCGUGAAAGAGGCAGCGCUGGGAGCUGCAAUCGGUGGUGCUGCGCUGGCUGUUGCGAAAUCAAACCAGCGAUCCCGCAGCCGCUCACCUUCUCGAGUGGAACGACGAAAGGAGUCAUCAUCUAGCUCAUCUUUUCUUGAUGUCUCUCGAUCUUCCCCCAAAUCUAGGGGCGGUUUUACUUCAUUCUUUACUGCGUCAUCUGAGAACCGUAAGAAGCAAAAGAAGCAGAAGAAGCGGACCAAGCGCAAAGGAUUUUUCUCUUUCAACAGCUCGUCAUCAUCAUCGCUUGAUGCGGAUCUCGCUUUUGGAAGCGGCUUUGCAAAGAAGUCCAAGUCUAAGUCCAAGAAGGAAGAGAAGAAGGAAGAUGUGGAUGCAGCGCUCCUGGGACUGGGCGCAACAGCCACCGCUCUUGCUGCUUCAGCCCAUGGUCGUAGCCGCACCACUGGCCAGAUUCUUACCGCCAGGGAGGCUCGAUCCCGUCAUUCCAAUAAUAUGUCGUCGGCCAAUGAGGACGAGGAGUGGAUUGAUGAGUCGGACGACCAAUCUUCUGACAGUGUUCCAUCCGCACUAGCAUUUGGAGGUAGCAGUGCUGAUUCCGGAUCAGACUCGAGUCGUGGCGGAUGGGGUUUCUUUGGUUUCAACAAAAAGAAGAAGAGUAAGAAGGAAAAGUCCUCUAUUGGAAAUGCUGCCGCAGCAGGUGCCGUUGCUCUCGGAGGUGCUGCUAUAGCUUCUGUUGCUCGCCACCGUGGCAGCGGUGUCUCAAACAGCUCUGGAAGCCUGCAACAGCUUUAUCCUACUGCCACCUCCGACUUUGAUCGAUUUGACGCAACGAGGAUGUCUCCGUCAGGCGAGCCACCCCUGGUGCGUCCUGGUCCUAUUCCUUUACAGCAACCUCAACCUUUCACACCUGUUUCCCAAGCCGUCUACACUACCCAAGGAGGCCAACCAGGAUCAAUCCCUGCAUAUACCCCUGAAGUGCCUCUCGCAAUCGCAAGUAUCCCUCCAUACGCCCAGCAGUUCCAAGGCUCCCGAGACCCAGCGUUUGGGCCCGAGGACCGCCAAUCCGAUCGACGGAAGCAUCGCCGUAGUGACUCCACUCCUGUUUUCCCAAUUCAAGACCCUCUUAUCUCAGGCCCAAAGCGUCGAUCUACUACUAGGGAGUCGGCCUCUGUGUCUUUUGAUUUGACCGAAAAACAAGAGGAACAGCAACGUCGCCGCGAAAGAUACCCAGAAGAUCUCCCGUACCAGCCUGUGCAGUUGAUUGACCUCGAAGAGAAAGCUAAGCAAGAGGAAGCACAGCGGGAGUUCGAACGUCAAGAGCGGCGUCGCAGAGACCAAGAGGACGAAGAUCGUCGCCGCAGACAGCAAGAGGAUGACGAUCGACGUCGCAGACAGCAAGAGGAUGAUGAUCGCCGCCGCAGACAGCAAGAGGAUGACGAUCGCCGUCGCCACCUAGACCAAGAGGAAGACCGCAUCCGCAGACAACAAGAAGAUGAAGAUCGCCGUCGUGAUGCUCGUAAAGAAACAGACUCAUCUUCCUGGGUUGAGGCAGCUGCUAUCGGUGCUCUAGGUGGUGCGGCUGCCAGUACCCUCAUUUCUCGUAAGAGCGAUAAUACCGCACCAUCUGAAGCCAGCUCAGACCGUUACAGCAAGAGACGGGAACAACGUCGAAAGGAGCGGGAAGAAAGCCGCAUGGAAUCCUCCAUUGUUUCAAGGCCCGAGGUUGUCAUGCCCGUUGAAGAGCCAGCGACAACCGCUGUGUAUGAAGAGGAGCAAGUCAAGACUUCGCCCCGCCACAGUCCCCGCUCUUCCCCUGUCUAUGACAGCUAUGCAGACUUCUACGCUCCCGACUUGCAUGAUAAGUCUCAUCAGGAGGAGCAGACUCAUGAACCUGAAGAUCAGCCCACAAUUGUCGAAGUGGUGCCUGCUAGCGAGCGUGAAAGUGAGAACGAACAAGAAAAGUCCAACAUUCCCAAAGAUGACCGGGUUAAUCUGCACCAGUUCGCACAAGAGCCUUACGAGGGCUAUGCUUCGCUUCCGUUCAGGGUCCCGGAACUUAUCUACACCAAGCCCACUCCUGAGCAAAGUGUCAAUGGAUCUGCAUGCGGUGUUAAUUCCCCAGUUGCUCCUCCUGAAACAUCGGUUGAGCGUGAGCACGAACACGAGCGCCAGGUAGAGCCCGAGCCCGAGCCCGAACCUGCGCCUCAAUCUGAGGCUGUGCCCGUGAUUCAACCUGAGCCUGAACAUCAGCCCGAGCUCGAGCAUGAAAUAGAGCCAGAAUUCAAAUCAACUGAGCGGUCAACAACUGGAUCGCGCGUGUCCUGGGGCCAUGAUAAGACUCACGAAUACGAAGUUCCUUCCUCCUCUGAACACGAUCCGACUGAUUAUGAUAUCUCACCCCUUGAUGAUCAACGAAAGGAGUUCCCCUUGACUACUCCCGGAGAAGAGAAGGAAAAGCGUGAAAGUGACAAAGACUUCGGUACAGACAUUGAGUUCGCUGCCAUCGUUGCCGCUGGAACCAAAGCGGCUGGAUUCGAUCCGUCAGUCGUCCUCAAUGACCCCAAGUACCACACACGUACAUCUCCUCCUGGCUCUGAGGAUGAGGGCGUCUUCUCUCCUCGCUCAAAGUGGGCUGAGAAUGGCCAAUCCCAUGGCUUCGUCGAAGGCGAGGUUGAGAAUGACGAGCUUGACAAGUCCAAGGAUAUCAAAAACUCUUUUGAGUAUGUGGUUGAGGACAAGCCAUCUUAUUCGGAGCCUGAGUACAUCACCAAAGAUGAAGUUCCAUCCCCCGACACUCGCGAAAAGGGUUCAAUCGCCCAACGGGUUAUGGACGAGUUAGAGAGGAAGACUUCACCACCUCGCUACGCUGAAAACGAUGUUUUCUCAAUGCCCGGUGGAUUUGAUAGCCCCGCAGAGCCGCAAGAGCCUCUGUACUCCCACGAUGAUUCUCGAUCCGUUUUUUCUGCCCCCGUUGGAAAAGAUAUCGAUAUGCCCACUAAGGCCAGAAAAUCCCGUCAAAGCGAUGACUUUGAUUUGUCGCGUGAUAUUGCACCCGCCGUCAUUGAAGGUGCUGAAGUCAUCGGUGAUGAGGACAAGAAGAAGCAUCGUAAGCGUCGUUCUAAACGUGACAGCGACACAAUCUCAGUUGAUGCGGAGUCUGUAGUCACGUUGGAUGACGAUGAAAAGUCCGAGCGACGGAGACGGCGCCACCGUUCUUCCCACGAGGACUUGAAUGAUGCGGCUUCUGCAAUUACUGUUGAAGACGAUGACACCAAGUCUGAGCGUCGCCGACGCCGUCACCACUCUUCCCGUGACGACAACGAUGAUGCUGCAUCCACAUUUACCGUCGAAGAUGAAGACGGAAAGUCCGAGCGCCGUAGGCGUUCUCACCGUUCCAGACAUGGCGAUGAUGAUGAUGCACGAUCUACUCGCUCUACCCGAUCUACUGGUGACGAUGAUGCGAAAUCCGAACGCCGUACGCAUAGCCGCCAUUCCUCUCGGGACAGUUUACAUGAUGAUCGGGAUAAGCGCCGGAGCAAGGAUGACAAGGAAAAGUCUGGUAGCAUUUUCCGCAGCCUCUUUGGCUCCAAGGUAUCCGCGCCAGAGGAGCGGCGUAGUUCCUCUCGGUCUUCAUCUCUAGACAAGCGCGUCGCUCGGGAUACCGUUUCCGAGGCUGGGGUUGAUGACGAAAGACGUCGACGCAAGAAGCGUUCUUCAAGCUCUCGACACAGCUCCAGCGGCGACAAGUUGGAUGGGUAUGAUUCGGACAAGGUAAGUGUGAAAGAUGAUGCGAAUUUGGAGGAUUACAGAUCGAAGAGGCAGGAGAAGGAAGAGAAGCGCCGACAGCGUUACGGAGACAUUGUCGACUCGGGGAGACGUCGGGAAUCUGAGAAGGUAUAA